CUUACAUCGACGGAGCUCGCCCCGUUUGAGCAGCGCGCCCAGAGCACCGCGAGUGUGGGGCCUACCCCCGCACGAACUGCCUAUUUGGCCGCUUUGCUUAUAGCAUCACGAACAGUUAUUGAUCUGAUGAAUUUAUGUUAUGAUCAAAUACCCCUAACGUAAUGGAAAGUAUCAGGAAUUUGGAGGAUGAGACACUUCCUAGUUUUUUAUUGCAGUCUGUGAGGAGCAGUAGCAAUGAAACACUGGAAAAUGUUACUGUUACUUCAAAUUUUGGACUACCUGUGGCUGCAUCAACAGUUGCUAAAAAAUCAGAUUUGGGUUGCAGAAUUCCAGAUAGUCAAGCUUCAUACUUGGAAGAAGGAAGAUCUUCUGUCAUGGAAAUACAUCCACCAAGUGUUUCAUAUUCUGAAACCUGUAAAAAAUUUGUCCUUAGUUUUAAAGAUGACUUGGAAAAUGUGGAUGAUUUCAUUGAUGCACAUCGUAUCUCAGAUGUGAAGAAGCAUACAAAUGAAUUUGAUUCUUCUGCAUCAGAAGUAAAUCGACAAUAUGGAUUGUCAAGGCAGUUAAGCUGCAGUCGUGAUGCUAAAUCCAGGAUAUCUCUUGAAAAUCUAGAUGAUAUUUCUUCUGGGUCAAGUACUUUGACUGACCAUACCAGCAAUAAGAAAAACGAGAUUUCUACCAUCAAGGACUCUGAAAAUUAUCCUGCCUCAAGAGGAGCAGAGGAGGAACUUGGCCCAAGGCGACAUAGUGACAGCCUUGCUAGUUUGUUAGAGGAUGAAAAGCUCUUGUCUCUGGCAAGUUUGGAAGAACAGUCUACAGAUGAUGAACUUGAUGCAGAUACAUUGCAGGAUGAUAGACUGGAAGCUUAUUUCAAGAAGUUUGUACCACCAGGAAUGCAGAGGGGCCACACUGAAGGACAAGAGCUUCCUGAAGCCCAUUCUGCAGUUCAGAUUGAACAUGAAUUGGAUUCCUAUUUGAGAAAAUUAGACCAAGAUCCUUUGCAGCCGUUAGAUUGUGAUGAGGAUAACUUUCAGAUCCCACUUGUUCGACAAGCAGCAACUGGAAUGGAUUCUGCACCAUCAAGUGGUGAGGAUACGGACGAUGAGCUGGAGACUAAUCAGCAACGCAGUACUUUGCCAAGCCAGUCAAUGUCCUGUGCAGCAAGGGAGUUGCCAGGAGAGAGCAAUCAACCCAUCUUCCGGCCGGGUUUGGAAGGCGGUAGUUCUGAUGAGUCCAUUGGACCACUUGAUGAGCUAAGUGAGGUUGGAUUUGAAUUCAAAAGAUCAGUAGAGGGUCGGGUCAUAAACUCACCAAUUGUCGGUGAUGGAGGAGAUGGUAGCAGUGGGAAUGAAGAAGAUGGAAAUGGUGUGUCAGCUCGACAAUCUGCAGCCUCCAAUCGUUGGGAAAGUGAAAUAGUCGACAGGAAUAUAGCUGGAGAAGAGGAUGAUAAUAUGAUAAAUGUAUCUUCUAAUAAAGUGAUAUUUAAUAAUUUCCAAGACCUUCGAAUAGUGGAUAGGAAUAUAACUGGGCAAGAUCAAACAUUUAAUGCACUCCGUUUGCAAGCAAAGAGAGAAUGUAUCCCUGGCCAAAAUGAGGAUACUCUUGAUUCUGGUUUGAAUGAUGGAAUGAAACUGGAUUCUGUAUAUUUUUGUUCUGGCGGCGGUAAUACUACUGCACCUGAUCAGUCACUUCAUGUAUCACAGAUCAUCUGCUCACCAAAUUGUGACAACAGCUUGGGUCUUAGAGAUGGACCUUGUGGGGUCGCAGCAGUAGAGCAGACAAAUGUUAAAGAAAAUGAUGAUGCUGACCAGACUUUGAAUGGCGGUUCAGGCCCACCUCUGGCAGCUGUUUACUUAUCCCCUGUGUAUCCAGAUGAAAGCACAGAAGAGAUGUGGCAAGAUUCCUCAAAAAGUAAUUUAUUUCUCAACCAGCAGAAAGCUGAGUACAACACUGAAUGCUCCCAAACAGAUGAUAGCAAAGAAAUAAAAUCUGGUGUGGUUGAACAAAAUGAAGGAGGGUGCUGGAUGACUGAUCUAGCUUAUUAUUGUUCACUGGAUCAAGAACAGAGUCAGUUCAAUCUUCCGACUGAUCUGGCUAAUAGUAUUAAAGAAGAAGAAUUUAUAAGUGGUGACAAAGCUGCUGCAUUAAUUGAAGAAGAUCAAGAAGAAUUUGAGGAAGAGCACAAGUUUAUUCAGGAAGAUAAAAUGAAUAUGAUUACUGGUGAGUCAUUUGGAAAUGAUUCAUGGAAGAUGCCUUCUAAUGUGAAAUUGGAAGUAUCGCCAGCAACAUCUGACUUUGUGCAAGAUCAGAGUUGCCUUCAGCUCACUCUGGGGGAGUUCUUUAGUGAAAGAUCAGAGGCUCUCGGAUGUCUUGGAGAAAACAGUAACAUAAAACGGCCUUCAUUUGGAUACUCCAUAACAUCACCAAAACAAGGAACACCAGUACCUUUAAUUCAACCUGCUGAUUUGUCAGAAAUCCAGGAAGAAGGCAGACAGUUGUGCAAUGGUGACACACUUCAGUCAGAAAAUCUGGAUCAAACGCUCCAUGGAACUCCGACAGAGAUUUCAACUACAUUUAAGCAAACAGAAAAUCACAGCUUUAACAAAGGACUAAGUUUAAAUAUGCAACAGACUGAAAGUAUGAAUACACAAUUGAGUUUGAAUCAGAAGGUUGAAGAAACUAAAUUGAACACCACAGAUUCAGUCUUGAGCAUAAGUACAAUUGCUUCUGCUAUAGCUGAUGCUUCUGUAACUGCUGAUCCUGCUCAGUUGGCAUCUAUGAUUUUGGAACUUUCUAAUAAAAACAGGAAGAAAAAUAAGCCUGCAGCAACUGGUAAAGAAUUCAGUGCACAAGCGAAGAGCCAGAAAAGCAAUGUUAUUAAUGUAGAGAAAAAGCCUGAAAACUCAGAGGGCAGUACGAGUGAGAUUCUCAAAUCUGAAUUCAAGCCUUUGUCUGAAUCUGUUUGUAAUUUAAGUUCCACUGAUAUAUCUGAAAGUUUGAGGAAUCCUCAAAGUAUGUCAAAUUCAUUUUCAGUGGAAUGCAUCAAAAAUAGCACCAAAAAGCAGGAAGGGAAAACAGUACACUCAAAAGACAAGAUGCAGAAACUAAACAUUGUUGAAAUGGGUAAUUCAGAGAGAUCAAUUGAAGAUGAGGUUGGGUUGUGUGGUCAGGAUGAACACAAAAAUGAAGCCUGUGUGCUUCAGACUAAAAAACCAUCUGGGCCCAUACAUAAUAGUAAGUUGAUUUGCCAUUCAGUGGUAAGUGGAAGAUCAUGUGAUAGCACACUUUUUUCAAGUUUUGAUGAAGUCCAUGAAAUACCAACCAUGAAUGGCACAGCCAUAAAUCCAGUGAAACAAGUCAAAAAGAAUAAUAUUUGUUUAAGGGGAAAUGAAUUAAGUUCGGAUAAAACUGCACAUAGAACAAAAACUGAAAAUGGAGAACAAAUGAAGCAUGUCAUUGAAGAGCAGACCUCAGAAAGUAUAUCUGGGAGAGUGUCCAGAACAUUACAAAAUGUAACUCAAGGGAUUAUUACUUCUCAACCCUCUGCUGUUCAAGGUGUAUUGACAAGUGGUUCCCAUUUGCAUUACCCAAAUGAAUCUGUGGAGCAAAGUUUUGUGGAAUCAACAAGUGAGACAAUAUAUGAAAACAAUACAGCAGUACUUAAAACUUUUAAGCCACACUUGGAGAGAGAUGUACAAGAAAUUCUAGAUCUUCACGACCAACAAAAGAGCAUCAGCCCUGAGCAAUCCAACGGCACUUCAGCUACACCAAAAAUCUGUAAAUCUGAGUGUGUACCUGUUACAGAUCAGCUAAAUUUGAGGCCAUCAACUUCUCCAUUGAUUCAUUCUUCACCAACCAAAGUCACAGAGCUACCAACUGCUACCAGCAGUUCAUGUUCUUUGUACUCCAGCUCAAAUCUGAGCCGACUGAGUUAUAUUUCUGCUAUUGAUACAACACUGCAGAAUAGCACAGCCAUCGGUGGUCUGGUGAAUGCUAAGAAUGAUAAAAUUGUUGAAUUAAGCACAACAAUUAUUCGAGCAAGUCCUUCUACAACACCAGAUCAAAGUAUAGUUAAUACAAGCGAGCUGACUUUCCGAACUUCAUUGGAUGGAUGUACAAAUGGUUCUUUGAAUCCUAAUCCACAACUAAGAAAAUCAUAUUAUGAUAGGCAGGAAGGCAAUGAAAGCAGAAGUCCUGUGGGUAAACAGGAAGACAGACAGAGUUUAUUAAAAUCCAACAAGUUACCUUCUCCACAAUCUGAGAAUGUCAAAUUGCAGCAAUUAGAUGCAUCUCCAUCCGUGUCAGGCAAGUCAGUAAUAUACAAAGGAUCACCUGCACACCAGCAAACUGAUAAUGUUGGUGCACCUCUCAAGACCAAGAUGAAUGAAGGGCAUUGUGUAGAAUCCUUGAAUGCAGCCUCCAUGAAUACCAUUGGAAUGACGAGCAAAUAUAUGCCUAUUUCAAGUUUUAAACGUCAUGAAGCUAUUUCAGAUAUACCUGGAGUUCCAACAUUACUUACUGCAAAUUCAUUAUUAACAACUCCACUGGCCCAACAAUAUCUGGGCAAUUUGACCACCAGUUCGAAUUCCCUAAACGUACCUUUAACUUCAUGUUACUUAGGGAGCACUUUGUCAUCCAAUAUAUGUAGCCUUUCAGGUGGUUUGCCAGGUGCUAACAUAUUCAAGGGGAAUAUUCAAGCUUUUGGAACUCAUCAUGAUCCUAAAUUAGAAAUGAGGAUGCAGAACCCAGCUCUUUUGUACAAUACACAUGCUAUGCCACUGGAUUCUAAUUUUCAAACACAGCCUGUUGGUUAUCACUCCUCAAGAACGGACAUGCUUGAUCAUUGGCCAGGUGGACUUCAGAUGAGAGAUGCUGAUCAGUUUUGGCUCAAUCUUCCUGAUUCUGAAUUAGGUCAUGUGUUGGUCCCUGAGGAACUGAGGAUUCCAAAUUCUUGCUGUGUUGGAAUAGCAUCUCAAGCAUCACUUCGCAUGUGCAAUCCAACUGAACGGUGGAUGCAACUAUCAAUUGGAAUAGUUAGUGUUUCACUGAAUGGAGAGAAGAUGGAUACAUUUGCUCACCAGUGCUGGAUAUUUAAGAACAAAACAAUAAUUGGCCCUCAUGUUACUGAAGAUUUAAAACUGAUGUUCCUUCCACGCCAGGCUGGUGUUUUUCAGUGUGUGCUAUCGAUUUCAUCAUAUCCAGUCUCAGCAGAUGCCCAUACAAUUGCCAGAGCAGAAGCACUUGCAGUCAGAGUGGUGGUUACAGCUGUGGCAGAAAAUCCAUUCGUUGAGGUUGUAGCAGAGAAAAGAGGAUGCCUGGAUUUUGGUGACUUACUACCUGGUGGUGGUAAAACACUCUCUCUCAAACUUGUCAAUAGGACUCAUGCCACCAUUCCCCUUCGGCUUGUCAUCAGUGCUAAUCCUGCUGCAUGGCGAUGUUUCACAUUUUCCAAACCUGACACAGUGACAGAAGCAGCAUUACAGACUGAAAGACUCUCUCCAUUGGUGGGUCCAUCUGUCAUGAAUCAUGUGCUGCGAGCAAGCUAUGAUGGAGAGGAUCCUGAAAGUCUUGUUGUGUGGGUUCAUUUUCAAGCACCGCAAAAAUACGUCUAUAAUACGGACCCUGUCGGUGUACCGGAGGAAUACUUGGCAAGGAUCGAUGUCGAAGUUGAUACUCCUGGCCCCAGCAAUGUUAUUAACAGCAUACCACUCUGUUCCAGAGUUGGAAUUGUCAGAAUACAUGCUCCCAAACACCUGCAAACGCUUGUCAUUUCUGCCGAACCAGGCAAGACAGCUAAACAAAUCCUCCCUCUAAAAAAUGCUGGAAAUAUCAGUGCACAGCUAAAGAUUCAGGCUGCCAAACCUAGCUUUUUUCUGGCACAGCCAGAAAAUAUCCUCAUUUGCCCUGGAGAAGAAUCUGAGAUAGUUGUCUCAUAUACUCCGAAGGAUACACAGACUGAAAUGCAAAGCCAUUUGGCUAUUCUAGUUCAGCCUUUUGGUCCCCAGUAUGAAGUUGGCUUAAAAGGAGUGCUUUGGAAACCUGAAUCCUAUCAAUCCGUCUCUUCAUCCUCAAGCUCCUCAUUGGAGAUACCUCCAAUUCUGUCCAACAAGCAAUUUAUAUCAUGGGGAGGAGUUUCCCUUGGAAGAACAGUUCAUCAGAAACUUGUACUUAGAAAUAAUUCUUCAACUGUUGCACAGCAGUUGCGCCUGUUGAUCAAAGGUCAAGAUCAGGACUGCUUUCAGUUACAGAGCACAUUUGAUCCUGAAGAAAGGUUGAUCGGCAACUGUGAAUUGAUGGUUUGUCCCAAAGAAGAUGUCUGUGUGCAUCUUUUGUUUGCACCAACAAGGGUUGCUUGUAUGUUGGCAAGACUUGAAAUAAAGCAAUCGAGAAUACGGUCAACUCAACCAGGAGUAAAAUUCACAAUUCCACUUUCAGGCUAUGGAGGAACAAGCAACAUUAUACUAGAAGAUGUCAAAAAAAUUUCAGGCAGUUAUGUGCUGAAUUUAAAUGAUAUGGUACCAGACAAAGUGAGCAAGAUCAGUUUCAAUAUGAGAAAUACAGGUUCUCGAGCUGCCUAUGUCAAGGCAGUUUGUUUCAAAGAUUCACUGAUAAAAAAUAUUAUGAAUACCCAAGUUAUACAAAUUUCUCCAGCUCAAUUUGUACUCAGGGAACGGACUCGACAGGCAAUCACAAUAACCUACCAAGCCACUCCAAGAGAUUGCAUUCAGUCUGAAAGAGAUUCAGCACUACUUGGCAUUAUUUGCUUCUUUUGUGGAGAUGAGGUGGCACGACAGCAGCUCAGAAGAGCACUUGCCCACAAUCAUCAGGCACUUAAGCAGAUAAUUUGUGGAAACAGUCCACUUCAAAAGAUAGACUUCAUUCAGAAUUUUCCUGGUGAAGAAUUGGUAUCAGAAGUCUAUGACAUACCAAAGAGACCAAAUGAUGUCCAUAUUUUCUAUGGAAAUCAGAAAAAGGUGAUGCUUUCUGUAAUUGCAAGUUCUGCAUUCCGUGAGGCUGAUCAUUCAGAAGGCUUGGAUUCAAUUUCAUCUUCUCAAGGGAUGAGUGUUGGUUCAGAAAGUGUACUUGGAAGUUCAGAAAGAAAUCCAUCUAAUGCAUCACUGGAUGUUCUUCCAGUAAGAGGACCUCAAGGCUCUCCAUUGCUUUUACAUGAUUCUAAUCAAAUGCCAAACCAGUCAUCCAAGCCCAAAUCAUCAUGGGUAUUGCGGCCUGAACAUUUAAUUCUUACUCUGUCAUCUGAUGGAUUAGUACCAACUGGACGGGUACAGAUUAUAAACCAUUCCACUAGAUCUUUGUCUUUUGAGCUGUCUUGGCCAGCGCACACUUUAACAGUGACACCCCAGCAUGGAGUUGUUGACCCAGAGAGCCAUUUACUAAUACUUGUGAGUCCAAAUCCUUCUCUCAUUGCUAAACCUUCUGCUGUGCCAUGGAGUGGACAGAUUUAUGUGCACUGUGAUAAUUAUCAGCAGUUGAUUAAAGUACAAAUUCGGGACGAUGUCACAAUGGAUACUUCUGCAGCUACACAAAGUCCAAAUGUAGUAUUGGACACAGAGCCUUGGGCUCCUAACCUACAUGUAUCAAAAACUCCAUCAAAAUCUCUGCCGAGCAAGUUAAAGAUAAAAAAUCGAACUAUACAUUUUCCUAAUACUGUAGCUGAGUCAAGUUCAGAAUCAUUAUUGGAAAUUGAAAAUAAUGGAGAAGAAACUGUACAGUGGUUUUUAUCAUCAUUUGCGCCUCCAUACGUAAAGUGGGUAGAUGACAGUGGAGAUAUAUACAGGGCAACCUAUACUGCCUUCCGAUGCUCCAGAGUGUCUGGAACACUGCAGGGGCACAGCACAGUAAAGUUGCCUGUCUCUUUCAUGCCUCGAGAUAAGGGGGAUUAUGCUCAAUUUUGGGAUCUGGAAUAUCGUCUGGUUGCAGAGCCACAUAUAAAGAACAAGAUUCAGUUUCAACUUCGUGGUGUGGGAACAAAACCCAAAAUGAACUCCAAGGAAACCAAUUCAGCCACGCAACUAGUAAAAACAGAAAUGGCAGUGAAAACAAGGAAGUCUUUGUCAGAAAAAUUAACCAAAACUGGGCGAGAGGUGUCAUUCAAAGGUGUCUAUGCUCCAGAUGAUUCGUACUCAUUCCCUAUAACACCUGUUCGGGAGUCAAGCACAUUAAAGGUUCAUUUACGUAAUAGUUCCUCCGUUGCACAUUCGCUGAAGUUUGUAAAUCCCAGAGAACCAUUUUAUAUCAAGCAUUCCAAUUAUUCAUUGCGUGCUCAACACUACAUCAAUCUGCCUGUCCAAUUCAAACCACAGUCAGAAGGAAAAUUCGAAGCACUGCUCGUGGUACAAACAGAUACAUGUGGAAGUAUCCCUAUCCGACUUGUUGGUGAAUCUGUUACAAAAGAAUGAACAUAGAACUACAUUAUCAACUUGAAGUACCUGACUGAAGAACUAACCUGGAGAUAAUAUUUGACACUCUAACAUAGUGUAGAAAUCUUGUAACAAUAUUAAAAAAAGCACCUUUUGUAUACAAAAUAUAAAACUGUAAUUUGUAAAUUUAAGCUAUUUAUACACUGGUGCUAUUUUGAUUUAAAACCAUCACUGUGACUUUUCAAAAGUAUUUUGGAAAUAUUUAUACCAUACUAAAUUAAAAACCCCAGCAUUGUGUGGCAGGAUUCUGCAGGUUUCUGCUCUUUCCUUCAGUGUUGCAUAACAAAUUAAUUUGCACAAACUUUUUUUUUUUUGGCUGUUUUUAUAUUUUGAUGUAUAUUUGAAAUAAAGUUAAUGUAUAUUUA